GUAAUCAAGGCUGGAGUGGAAACUACAUGUAAAUGUCAUGGUGUAUCAGGCUCCUGCACUGUUCAAACCUGCUGGCGGCAGCUGUCACCAUUUCAUGAAAUUGGCAAACAACUCAAGCAGAGGUAUGAGACUUCCCUUAAAGUGGGCAGUAUCACCAAUGAGGCAGCAGGAGAAGGGGAUAUCAAUCCUGCCAGGAUGCAACCCUCUUUGGCACCCAGCGAUCAAAUUCCAAGGACAACUGACCUCAUUCACACUGAUGAUUCUCCAAGCUUUUGUCGUAUUAGCAAAUACUCACUGGGCACAUCAGGAAGGAAAUGUUAUAAAGACAAGAAUUGUGAGAGCAUCUGCUGUGGUCGGGGAUAUAACACUCAGAGCCGUGUUGUGACAAGACCAUGUCAGUGCCAGGUUCGUUGGUGCUGCUAUGUGGAAUGCAAGCAGUGUACACAACGAGAAGAGGUCUAUACCUGCAAAGACUAGUGCUGAGCCACCUAUAGUGAUCAAAUUACUGUUAUUGAAAAAUAGCUAUGAGGGUGGGAAAUGAUUUCCUUAUAUUAUCAAGCAGUAGGGAUUCUAAAAGAUUUUUGAAGCGGAUAAAUCAGUGUAAUCAGUUCUAAAAAUACCAAGAACCCUAGUGUGUCUCUCUGGUGUGAAGAACUCCCACUAUGGUCUAAAAUAACCACCCUUAACACAUCAAAAAUAAGAAAAGACAGAUCAAGUGCAGUCAUUGGAAUACAUCCAGACUUUUAUUGGACCAGUAAUUUUUCACAAAUCUUUGAUUCAAAAUGAGAGUAACCAGAUAUAUUUUAAGUAAAACACUUUAAUAUAGUGACAGAUUUAGAGGAAAAAUAAUCAAUAAUUGCAGAGACAAGAGAAAUUGUUUAAUUUAUAUCAGUCUGACAAGAGAUUUAAAAAGAAAUCUCUAAAAUGACUUUGUAUUGUAACAGGGUAUUAAUGAGUUUUUGGGCUUUGUUAUUUGCCACUUUUUCAAGUUUGACCACUAGGCCACACAUGCCAUGUUGGUACUGUGAGGCUUUUGUCCUGGAUUUUUAUUGUUAUUAUAUAUUCUUUAACUUUAAUGGCACAUGACAAGUGCUUUUAAAUGAUGUCACUCCA